AUGCGGUGUAACGUCAUUCAUGGUACGUAGCUCUCAGAUGGAAGUGGUGUAGCUCGCGAGAGUGUUAUCGCGGGGGCUCGUGGGUAUAUAAGCGAUAAUGUCGACAGUCGCACACUGUCAUACUACACUCUUUGGAGGCGUGUUUCUUUAAGUCCCCACUCAGUCUUGCUCCCUGCACCCUCGGAUCAACAAGUUGCUGUAGUAAUUCACACAAGAUUUUCAUCACUGCGAACAUGGCGCUUAUCGGCUUGAAGAACACCUACGCGACGCUCAAGACGCUCUCGCUGGCGUCCAUCAGCGUGAUGUCUCCGCAGCAGAGCGUGCAGGAGAUCUUCCGGACGGCUGACUGCGUGUGCUUCGACGUGGACUCCACGGUCAUCCAGGAUGAGGGCAUCGACGAGAUGGCCCGGUUCUGUGGCAAGGGAGAGGAGGUCAAGCGAUUAACGGCAGAAGCCAUGGGCGGCAGCAUGACCUUCCAGGAGGCGCUAAAGAAGCGGCUGGACAUCAUCAGGCCCACCGUCAGCCAGAUCCGACAGUUCGUGGCCACGCACCCCGUCAGACUCACCCCCGGCGUUGAACAACUAGUGAAGUCACUGCACGAGCGCGGCGUGACCGUGUACCUGGUCUCCGGCGGGUUCCGUUGCCUCAUCGAGCCCGUGGCGGAGAUCCUCGGCAUUCCUCUUACGAACAUCUACGCUAACAGACUCAAGUUCUUCUUUAACGGUGAAUACGCCGGUUUCGACGACACCGAGCCCACGUCGCGGUCGGGCGGCAAGGGGCUCGUCAUCCGACGACUCAAGGAGCAGCACAGCUACCAGCGCGUCAUCAUGAUCGGAGAUGGCGCCACUGACGCCGAGGCCAGCCCGCCCGCUGAAGGGUUUAUUGGUUUCGGAGGUAACGUGAUGCGUGAGGAGGUAAAGAAACGCUCGUCGUGGUACGUCACCGACUUCCAAGACCUCAUAGUGGCCCUCACAAUGCAGACCAAGACGACGUAAGCGCCUGGCGACUGUGAAUGUGAUCGUCAGCGCCGUUACAUGAGGACCACUUUACCUUGCCUAUAACCAACUUUCAUGCGUUCUUUGCUCGAAGGAGGUGGUGAAUUGUUCUACAUUUACCUGUCCGAAAUGACAGUCCUCUAAAAGUGGUGCCUUAUUAAAUCCAGAUUAUCUAUAGGACAAAGCAUUUACUGUAAUUUAAAAGCUUAGCUUAUCGUAAUAAGGGUUAUUUCUAGGUGGAAUUUAAUUGUGAUGGUACUAUAAGUACAAUGAUAGUUUUAUUUUACAUGUUGGUUGUUCAAGGAGUUUUGUAAAGUAUUUAUUAUGAAUGGAACACAUUUAAGAUAAUGUUAUUUAUCGUUGUGUUUGUAUUAAAUACUGUUAACUGUAUUGUAGCUAAGCUUUACAUACAUUAAUAAUUGCCACUAGUGUAAUUUGUGUAAAUAGUUCAUUAGGUAUAAUAAUAAUGUAAGUUUAAAACAAUCGUUUAUUUGCAUAGACAUAUGAAGUAGUAUCUUUAAAAUUGACAUGAAAAAAUAGUAUCACAAUUAUAUUGCUUCUUUAUUUGAUGACAAUGUUAUGCCUAUAAAUUAUUUAGGUUAUAUUUAACAUCUGAUCCCUUUCUGCAUACAGGGAAAUUGUUUCAUAGUUAUUAAUAUUAUUUAUUUUAUAAAAUCAAUUAUGACUAAUUUUUAAAUUUUAUAAAACUGUAUUUUAUAUAAUGCCUAUCUAUGACAUGUUUAACUUGAUAUAGAUAUUUUUUGAAUCGAUAUUGAAAGAAAAUAAUUUAUUUAUUGUGUUUUGAUACUGUUUUUAAAUAUUGUAAAGUAUCUAUUCAAUGUCAAAAUGGCUGUGUACUUUUAGCUGUAAGAAAUAUAACUAUACGUUUAGUUGA